AAUUUCUUCCCUGUUAAUCUUGGAUUUAUCCAAUAGCCUUUGUCUGGUUAUAACCUCGAGUUUAGGGUCAAAGUUUCCGGCUUGUGUUCACCCACUUUUUGCAGAAUAGCUGGUGAGCUUUUGAUAAUGAGCAGGUUAGAUGGUCAACUUUGGACCCUUCUAGAUGUCUCCUACGUAGAGCCAAGGCUGAGAUGAUUUCGAACCACAUUAAAGGCGUAGAUUGGUCAAGCCGUGCCUUUCACAACAAUUUUUUCAAUACGCGAUUGUAAAUAUGUCUAUAUAUGUAGAGACUAGAGAUAGAGAGAGAGCCGACCUUUCCAUGUAAGUUAUAAACAUCAAACUUCCCUCGUUUCCUUCCCAUUUGCGUUAUCCAAUAUGGAGUCCCCUAGCAUUCCCAAGUUCACAAUUCCUCUCUUUUGCUUCUUUAUGCUUUUACUGUGUGCGGCCACACUGAAUCCUGUAUUUGCUUCGAAAGUUUGCAACUUUCCGGCAGUCUUUAACUUUGGCGACUCAAAUUCCGAUACCGGAGGAUUGUCUGCUACCCUCAUAAGAGCCACACUGCCUUACGGGGAGACCUAUUUUCACAGGCCUGCCGGAAGGUUCUCCGAUGGCCGGCUCACGAUUGAUUUCAUGGCAAUGGGUGUUGGUCUUCCAUAUCUGAGUGCAUACCUUGAUUCCUUGGGAACUAACUUCACACACGGUGCAAACUUUGCCACGGCUGCAUCCACAAUCAGACUACCAUCCGGAAUCAUACCUGCGGGUGGAUUUAGUCCCUUCUACCUCGAUAUCCAAUACUCACAAUUUGUGCAGUUCAAAGAAAGAUCACAGAUUAUAAGACGACAAGGUGGAAUAUAUGCACAUUUGAUGCCCAAGAAUGAUUAUUUUCCUAAAGCUUUAUACACAUUUGAUAUCGGUCAGAAUGAUCUUGGUGAGGGAUUCUUUGGUAACAUGACUGUAGGGCAAGUCAAUGCUUCUAUCCCCGAUAUUCUUGACAAGUUCUCUCUUAAUGUUAAGAAUAUAUAUAAGUUGGGAGCUAGAUCAUUUUGGAUCCACAAUACUGGACCAAUUGGUUGCCUUCCCUAUAUUUUGGCCAAUUUUCCAUCAGCUCAAAGGGAUAGCCAUGGCUGUGCAAAGCCUUAUAAUGAUGUAGCUCAGUCUUUCAAUCACAAGUUGAAGGAGGCCAUUGUUCAACUCAGGAUCGAUCUUCCUUCAGCUGCAAUCACAUAUGUAGAUGUCUACUCUGCCAAGUACUCUCUUUAUAGGGAACCACAGAAAUACGGAUUUGAGCUUCCACUUGUUGCCUGUUGUGGGUAUGGAGAAAAAUACAACUACAGCAAUAGUGUUGGGUGUGGAGGAACAGUGGCUGUGAAUGGAAGUGAAAUAUUUGUUGGUUCAUGUGAGCGCCCCUCGGUCAGAGUAAACUGGGAUGGAAUUCACUAUACUGAGGCUGCCAACAAGUUUGUCUUUUCUCAGAUUUCAACUGGAGCGUUUUCAGAUCCACCUGUACCCUUGAAAAUGGCAUGUCACCAAGUUUAAAUUCCUAUGCAAAUAAAAGGAGAAAUGAUUGUAUAACUUCCAAAUAAAUAAAUUCAUGCAAGGAUUUAUAAAAAAAGUAGACCCAUCUUAAAAAAGUGUAAAAAAAAAUCAUUUUUUUAGUGGGAUCUACCAUUUUAUAAAGAGUUUAUGCAAGAUUUAUCUAUUUAAAAUUUGUACUUAACAUUACUCAAAUAAAAAUAAGCCUGUAGGGGUAUUUUGUGGUAGGCUAAUUAUUUAAUAAAA